AUGGGAUGGGCAUGGGCAGCCCUCCGGUCCGGAGCUCCAAGGUGGCGCGCCCAAAAUUCAUCGUCCUCGUCCGGCCGGGCCGGCUCGAUCGGCCUCAUCAUUCGGUGGCGGCCAUAUUCGACCGCUCCCAGUCCCAGCCACGGCGGGGAGGAGGAUGGGGAUGAGGCCAGGCAAGAGAUGCUGAACAGAUGGGCACACCGCGCCGCACAGACAACUUUCAGGGACUACCUCCAUGCCAAGCGCGGCUUGUGCCUCACUGACGCCAAGCAUAUCAGCGAGCGAUCGCCCGUCUUCCUCAGCGAGCUGCUGGAGAAGGUGAACAAGGCGGUGAUGAAGGCUGCUGAUCAGGGUGGGGAGGGGGCGAGAUUCAGGUCGAAAGUGAAGAAGAGGGUCAGCAGGGCGCUGGUGCGAUUGCUCCACCGGCGCCCUGUCAACGAGUUCAGGCCCUUCUUUGAGAGCAUCGGCAUCAAGCCGAGCGAGUGCGAUUCCCUCUUGCCGCAGGAUCUCACAUUCCUCAUGGAUGCCGGGGUGCUGCUCGAGAGCUACCGUGCACUAUGCAGUUAUGGCAUUGCGCAUGACAAGAUUGGAAAGAUAUACCAGAAGGCGGCGGAGGUGUUUAGUCUUGGCCAGGGCGUUCUUGAGUCUAAGCUCGAGGCCCUUGAGGGUCUAGGCUUCAGUAAGGCCAGUGUUACCAAAAUAGUGAUCUCUACUCCUACCGUAUUGGUUCAUGACCCGGCUGUGGAACUGAAGACGAUCUUGCAGUGGCUAGACGACAUUGGGAUUCAGCGAGACUGGAUCGGCCAGUUCUUCACUGAAUAUCAGUCCUAUAAUUGGCAAAAGAUCGUCGAAGCUCUUCAGUUCUUGAGUGAUUUGGGGUUCACCAAGGAUGAUAUUGGUAAAGCGGUGAGGAAUCAUCCAGAUUUGUUGUUGGAAUGGUCUGGUGAGAUGCUAUGA